UGUCUCCCUCCCGCAGGUUGACCAAUCGCAGACGGCAAGAUGAAGGUUCUGUGGGCUGCGUUGGUGGUUACGCUCCUGGCAGGAUGCGGGGCCGACGUGGAGCCGGGGCCCGAGGUGCAGCUGGGGAAGGAGUGGGCCACGUGGCAGGCCAGCCAGCCCUGGGAGCAGGCCUUGGGCCGCUUCUGGAACUAUCUGCGCUGGGUGCAGACGCUGUCCGAGCAGGUGCAGGAGCAGCUGCUGAGCAGCCAGGUCACCGAGGAACUGACGGCGCUGAUGGACGACACCAUGAAGGAGGUGAAGGCUUGCCAGUCGGAGCUGGAGGAGCAGCUGGGCCCCGUGACCGAGGAGACGAAGGCCCGCGUGUCCAAGGAGCUGCAGGCGGCCCAGGCCCGGCUGGGGGCGGACAUGGAGGAGGUGCGCAGCCGCCUGGCGCAGUACCGCGGCGAGCUGCAGGCCAUGGUGGGCCAGAGCACCGAGGAGCUGCGGGGGCGCCUGAGCGCCCACCUGCGCAAGAUGCGCAAGAGGCUGCUCCGCGACGCCGAGGACCUGCAGCGGCGCCUGGCGGUGUACCAGGCCGGGAUCUGGGAGGGCGCCGAGCGCAGCGUGAACACGCUCCGCGAGCACCUGGGGCCGCUGGCGGAGCAGGCCGCCACCGUGCACACCCUGGUCAGCAAGCCGCUGCAGGAGCGGGCCGAGGCCUGGGCCCAGCGGCUGCGCGGGCGGCUGGAGAAGGCGGGCUUCCCGGUGGGGGACCGCCUGGACGAGGUGCGUGAGCAGGUGCAGGAGGUGCGGGCCAAGGUGGAGGAGCAGGCCAACCAGGUGCGCCUGCAGGCCGAGGCCUUCCAGGGCCGCCUCAAGAGCUGGUUCGAGCCCCUCGUGCAAGACAUGCAGCAAAAGUGGGCCGAGCUGGUGGAGAAGGUGCAGUUGGCCGUGGGCGCCGUGCCCACCUCUGUGCCCAGUGAGAAGCAGUGAGCGCCCUGCCCCCGCUCCUGCGCCACGCCCCC